AUGGGUGAACCUCAGCAAGUGAGUGCCCUCCCUGCACCUCCAAUGCAAUAUAUUAAAGAAUAUACAGAUGAAAAUAUCCGUAAAGGUAUCACCCCGAAGCCACCGCCACCAAUUAAAGAUAGCUACAUGAUGUUUGGAAACCAGUUUCAGUGUGAUGAACUAAUUAUUCGACCAUUGGAAAGCCAAGGCAUUGAGCGAUUACAUCCCAUGCAGUUUGACCAUAAGAAAGAACUGAGGAAACUCAACAUGUCUAUCCUGAUCAACUUCUUGGACCUUUUGGAUAUAUUGAUAAGGAGCCCAGGCAGCAUAAAACGAGAGGAGAAACUGGAAGACUUAAAACUGCUUUUUGUUCAUGUGCAUCAUCUUAUAAAUGAAUAUCGACCCCACCAAGCCAGAGAGACAUUGAGAGUCAUGAUGGAAGUGCAGAAACGUCAGCGUUUGGAAACUGCAGAGAGGUUCCAGAAGCAUUUAGAACGAGUUGUUGAAAUGAUCCAGAACUGCUUGGCCUCUCUGCCAGAUGACUUGCCUCACUCAGAUGGAGGGAUGAGGAUAAAAACUGAACCUUUGGACCAUGAAGACAGUCUCAGUUGCAUUGGACAGAAUGACCAGCAGAGAGCAAGCUCUAACCUCAAGAAGGAUCAGGUUUUGGAUAAAGAUGCAAACAUGUGUAGCAUAAUUGAUGAAAUGACAUAA